AUGGUACAAUCCAAGAAGUUCAGGGGUGUUAGGCAGCGCCACUGGGGUUCUUGGGUGUCUGAAAUUCGCCACCCUUUACUGUACCCUUCUCAGAUUCUUCAAUUUAAUUUCUUCUUCUGCAUGAAAAGAAGGGUCUGGCUUGGAACUUUUGAGACGGCGGAGGAGGCGGCGAGGGCAUACGACAAGGCUGCGAUUUUAAUGAGUGGAAGAAAUGCUAAAACAAACUUCCCAAUUAUGGACUGCAACGAAGAUAUAUCAUCUCCACCCUCAUUAUCAUCUUCUUCGUCCUCUUCCUCACUUUCGUCUAUUCUGAGCGAGAAACUUCGCAAGGGGUGUAAAUCGAUGUCCUCCUCUCUCACUUGCUUAAGGCUAGACACUGAGAAUAGUCAUAUUGGGGUAUGGCAAAUGCGGGCCGGACCACGUUCUGAUUCGAAUUGGGUGAUGACUGUUGAGCUUGAGAAGAAGAAUGAUAUUCCUCCGCCGGAGAAUGAAACACGGCCGGAUCCAGGGAUUACGCCAGAGGGUUCAAAGGAGGCAGCAUCCAGCGGGGAUGGGAUGGAUGAAGAGGAAAGAAUUUCAUUGCAAAUGAUUGAGGAGUUUCUCAAUGGGGACUAA